GAUAUAAAACUUCGCUUCCCUUCUGGCUUUCCCUGCUAAAUGCCACUCCAGUAGAGACCAAGUGUUGAUAAAUACAGGGGAAAGAAAAAAUCAAACUCUGGUCUGUGCAGCAGAUGCACCUUCAGCUGCCUCCUGCGACCUGCUUGCUCACAAUCCGGGAGGUAGCUGCAGCAGAUGCUGACUCAGCCCAUGCCCUUAAGAGAGAUCACUCAGUUAGGGAAAGUCAGACAAACUCACAGAGGAUAAGGAUCCAGUCACUGCACCAAAACAGAGCAUUAUAAAGCAAGAAGAAAUUAGGAAGCUAUGGGCAGGGCACGCAGGCCUCCACCCGGGCAGCACAGGCAUUGUGAGAGAUGCUUCGACCGUCACUGCCAUGUUCCGACGGAGCCCAGUGUCUCCUGCACCAUGAUAAACUGCCACCUGUCCUGUGGCGCCGCCUUCCACAUGUGCAAAGAGGCGGAGCACGAGCUCCUGUGCCCUUUAGAACAGGUUCCGUGCCUCAACUCCGAAUAUGGCUGCCCCCUGUCCAUGUCCCGCCACAAGCUGGCCAAGCAUCUGCAAGUGUGCCCCGCCAGCGUGGUCUGCUGCUCCAUGGAGUGGAACCGCUGGCCCAACGUGGACUCAGAAACAACCCUUCACAAGAACAUCAUGAAGGAGAGCCCCAGUGAGGAGUGUUUGGAUACAGCCCUGGCCCUCCAGGACCAGAAGGUCCUUUUCAGAUCUUUGAAAAUGGUAGAACUUUUCCCAGAAACUAGAGAGCCCAGGGAGGAAGAACCUAUUCUGAAUGGAGAAGCCAGCUGGGAGGAAAUGGGCGGAGCAGUGGGUGGAGCAGAUGCUGGUUUAGUGCCACAUGGCUCUCUGUCAGCCACUAAAGGAGAGAUGGCAGAGCUGAGUCAAGAAGAACGUGAGGUGUUGGCCAAAACCAAAGAAGGGAUAGACCUGACCAAGUUUAGCAGGUGGGAAAAUAUUUUCAGCAAAGAGAACGCAGCCUCUGCUUUAACAAACUCAUCAGCAAGCUGUGAAAGCAGAAACAGUGAUGGACCAGGGAAGGAACAGAUUUCCAACGGCAGUAACAUGGUGGGAGAGGACACUGCCAAAGGGCAAGAAGCACAGCAAACCCAGAAACAGCAGGACUGCCAUGCGGCUGUGGAAACAACAGGGCUUGCCCCUUGGCAGGACGGUGUUCUGGAAAGACUGAAAACAGCUGUGGAUGUGAAGGACUAUAAUAUGUACCUGGUGCACAAUGGGAGGAUGCUAAUACACUUUGGUCAAAUGCCUGCUUGUACACCUAAGGAAAAGGACUUCGUUUAUGGCAAACUUGAGGCUCAGGAAGUGAAGACUGUUUACACCUUCAAAGUUCCUGUGAGCUACUGUGGGAAGCGGGCUCGCAUUGGCGAUGCCAUGUUGAGCUGUAAGCCAAGUGAACACAAGGCAGUAGACACUUCAGAUUUAGGGAUCGCUGUGGAGGACCUGCCCAAAUCAGAUCUCAUCAAGACCACCCUCCUGUGUGCUUUGGAAAGAGAACUCAAAGGUCACGUCAUCUCUGAAUCCAGAAGCAUUGAUGGGCUGUUCAUGGAUUUUGCUACUCAGACAUACAGUUUUGAGCCAGAACAGUUUUCCUCUGGAACGGUGCUGGCUGACCUCCUAACCACUUCCAAGCCAGAGGGGCUCCAUGUGGAACUCCACAGUGAGUGCGUGACCAGGAGACACAACAAGAGCAGCUCUGCCUUCACUUUCACUUGCAACAAAUUCUUCAGGAGGGAUGAAUUCCCGCUGCAUUUCAAGAAUGUCCACACAGACAUUCAGUCAUGUCUUGAUGGCUGGUUCCAGCAUCGGUGCCCCCUCGCCUACUUGGGAUGUACAUUUAUUCAGAACCAUUUCCGUCCCCCAGGGCAAAAGGCAAAAGUGAUCUACAGUCAAGAGCUCGAGACCUUUGCCAUCAAGCCAGAGGUUGCAUCAGAACUGAAUGAGGGAAGGAAGAACCACCAUCUCUCAGGCCAUGGAGGAAAAAGCCAGAAUUCUCUAACCAGCUUGCCCUUGGAGGUUUUGCAGUACAUCGCUGGGUUCUUGGACAGCAUCAGCCUGUCCCAGCUCUCCCAGGUGUCUGUACUGAUGAGGAGCAUCUGUGCCACUUUAUUACAGGAGAGAGGGAUGGUCCUCCUGCAGUGGAAGAAGAAGAGGUAUUCCCAUGGAGGCACCUCCUGGAGAGUCCACAAGAAGAUCUGGCAAUUCAGCAGCCUCUUCUCUAAAAUCAACGACUGGGAAUUUAAUGAAGUCACUUCCAUGUCUGAGCACCUGAAGACCUGUCCUUUCAACAUUGUGGAGCACAAGACUGAGCCAGUUCUUUUGACUAGCAUGUGUGAGCCCCAUGAGCAGGCCCGAGAGAGCUUGGUUGCCACCUUUAGAGCCAGACCACAGGGAAGACAAGCCAAGUAAAGAGUCCAAUACCACUGUUCUUGAAUUCUUCCUCAGAGUUACUAAAAGACACAGUAUGCUUUUGGGGACUUCCCUCUAUAACUGCAUAUAUGCUUCUCUAGGUGUAUUAGAGCGUGCAAUGUCCCCCAAAACCCGAGCAGUUGCACAAGGUCUAAGAACUUCCUAAGCCCUGCCUUGUACAGUUGUUAUUAUACUGCAUUGAUGACUUCCUUUCCUUUUUUAUUUCUAAAAUAGAUCAGUCUGAAGAGAAAAUAGGUAACUUGAGGUUAUUGAGAAAGAUAAGCCCAGUUUCUUAAGAGAUAAGAGAGCAAUGAAUUCCAUAAACAGUAUAGACCUGUGCUUUUACGGGGUGGGAAUGGCAGGGGUGGGGAUGGUGUUCAGUUUACAAGCGCGUUCCCAUUUGUGGGGCAGGCCAUGCAGAGAUGCUGUCUGAGGUAUCAGUUCUCCAUGGUGAAGGGCACCAGUGGGAAGGUUCUGGAGCUGGGGCUGUCUUGCCUUUCAAGUCCAGGGCUGUUUCUCAUUGCCCCACUGCCCCUAAGACCAGACAUCCAAACACAGCCUGACAGAAUAGAAACCACGGCUAAGCACAAACCAGAGGAUGAAAGGCAGAAAUAAGGUCACAGACUUUGUUGUAUAGAGUCUUGACAACAUACAGGGCAACCUUGAAAAUUGAGGAGUCCAGAAGAGACACUAUAUUCAUGGAGAACGUAAGGGCAAAAGCCUCAAGCCUACACUUUAAUAAUGACGUAAGAGUCCAGGUAUUUUUCUCCUGCAAAUUAUAUCCCGGGUCUGGAUUAGGGAGAGCGAGGCCACAGGCCAGCAGCCGUGUGCACUGCAGGUCCUGUGCGGGACCUCGGGAAGGAAGCCAUGGCAACAUGGUGGUUGCCUCUAAUGGCUCCUACCCAUUACUGGUCACGGCUCCAGCCUGUCAAAACUGUGUGACGCUGCUAGUUUGGGGUAACAAACAGCAAAUAUUUAUGAUAACAAAAGUAAAAGAAAAAUUCGUAACAGAAACUGAUUUCCCCUUUCCUUAAAGCAGGGUUUCUGGGAACUGCUGCCAUUGGGCACCAAAUAAUUCCUUGUCAUGGGGGACUGUUCUCUGCAUGACAGGAUAUUUCGUAGCAUCCCUAGCCCCUAGUCAUAGAUGCCAGUAGUACCCCUCCAGCUGUAACAACCAAAAAUGUCUCCAGACAUUGUUAAUUAUCCUCUGAGUCACUCCUGGUAGAGAACCACUGCCCUGAAAGAUGACAUGCCCGCAGCAGGAAGUUAGGAUCCGCUUUUUUCAUACAGCAGAAUCUUCUCUCCCACGUAGUUGUCUACAACAGUGAAAAUUUCAUCAGCUCUUCUUUAUUUACAAAAGGGGUUUUAGACACAUGGUGAUUUUAAGUUGGGAACCAGAUGGAGCUGAUUUGUUUGGUAUGGCUUCAUGCCCUUGGGUCAAGUGCAAAAGCUGAUCCUUUCAGCUCUCUCCAUGUGUAGCUGAAGCCAGGAAAGUUGAGCGAGUUAUCUUAUGUUUACAUGUCUCUCACCUUGAUUGGUGCCAUUUUUUCAGCAGCCCUAGCCAUCCUCAAGCACUUGAGAAAGAAGGGAAACGGAGGCUAGGCAUCGUGGAGACGUAGGGAACAAAGAAUUUAGCCAACAACAGAAGUGGGUCUAGUUGAUCUGGAUGCUCGUUAUCUCCCACAUCUCUGAAGAUGGUCCAAAGCCGGUGUAGACGAAGCAGACGACACCUCUGAGAAGAGUCAAGAGGCACACAAGCAAGUCCCAGAGUGGAAAUCUGUUCACCUUUUCAUUACAAUGUACCACUUGGUACUGUUCAAUAAUGUAACUAUUUUUCCUCAUUCUUAUUGUUUGGUUUAUAUUUCACAUUUGUAUAUAAGGCAUCGUUUUCUAAAAAUAUAACUAGAGUGUGAUCUAAGAUUUUAUUUGGUGAAGAUAAGUAACUGUAAACAACUAAAUCCUGAAGUGGGGAAAAAAGGGAGAAUUCUCCAGGUAACAGUUCCAUGUGUUUUGGAUCUAGUCCUUCCUAUGUGGAGAAAGAAACCUCCUAAAGUUCAUAUGGGGAUUCUUAUUUUACUAGGGGAGAGAGAGAGAGACAGAGAGAAAAAGGUGGGGAGCUAUCAGCCAGGGGAGGGGAAAGUUAGGGGCUACAGUUAGAGGGGUGAGCAGUGCAGAGAAAGGAGGACAGCAGAGGGCUGUCCCCCACUAUCCAGGUGGGUGGGGCAGGCCGGGGGCAGGAGAGCGGUCAGGACAGUGCCACACUGCUCUGUGGGCUGCACACUCCAGUCGCACUGUGCUUUCUCUGUUGCUGCCUUCAGAGCAAUACUGAAUUGAUCAACAGCAUCACACACAUUUUAUAAGAUAUCUAAUAGUAUAUGUUGCAGAAAGCAGGGUACUGCAGUGUGUCCACUGAUCUAUCCAAAUAACAAACACAUUUUAUGGUGAGAGGGCAGUUGGAGCAAAAGGAAACCAUUUUACAGAGACUGAAUUGGGCAGAAGACGGUUCGGUUAGUGAGAUAUGGCUGCAGUGAGCAGCAUGAGCAGCAAGCAGUAUCUGACAGAGGCCAGACAGUCAAAUGUGGCUUCAGACUCAGACGCACUGAGGGGAGUGGAAAGGGAAUGUGUUCCCAGGAUGGAAAGAUGUCUAUGUGUUUCGCCACCAGGAUAAUUGGUUCGGAGUAGAAAUCGGCCAAAUUUGGAGAGUGAGGUCCAAAGAACUGUUGCCAUAAUAGAAUAAGGAUCUGGAAAAGAUGUUUCUGUCUUAAAAUAAAGGGAAAAGUGAAGAGCAAGGUGGGUCUUGGAGGUGUCACCAGAAAACCACUGUCAAAUUCUGAUCUAUGUGUGAUGUCAAAUAAAACUGGAAGGAAGAAUGAGA